AUGCGGCCUACAAUGGAGCACCCUGCCCAUAAGCGACCUAUUCACUCGAGCCUUGAAGAUACCCACGAUGGUCGCAGGUGGUCGGUGGCGUCACUUCCAUCAUCAGGCUACGGGACUACUCCGGGGAGCUCUAGUCUAUCUUCGCAAUGCUCAUCCCAGGAGAGGUUGCUCGCAGUGCAGGCGGUGUGCGAGCCGCCGCGAGCUCCGUGUCCACAUUGCCAUCAGCACCAGAACUCGCUCAACAGUUCACAGGGCAGCGGCAUGAACAACUGGGCGUCGUUGUCGGACAGCGGCGGCAGCGGCAACACGGCUGCGCGCGCGCCCUCGCCGCAGAGCCCCGCGCGACGCGUGCGCAGCAGAAGUUUGAGUUCGCCGUCCCGCACGGGUGGCGGGGGCGGGUCCAGCGGCGGCUCGGGCUCGAGGGACGACGCGGUGUCCGCCAUGUCUGCGUUGUUCGCCGCCCGCUUCCCCGCCGCGCAGAAAGCUAUGGAUGACAAGUUACGAGCAUUAAUCGACGAAGUUCUAGAGUUGGACAAGAAGCCUGACCGGCCGCCCAUCGAGAGAUUUGUACAGAGACAGGUGUUGGAGAUGGCUCGUGACUGCUUACAUAAGUCGGAGUCGAAGCAAGUCACCAGCACCUAUUUCUACGACAUGGCGGAUAGCCUGGACAGGCUACUUGCUGAGACUAGAGAGAAAUCAGCGGAAGCCGGGAACCAAGUAGCUCCACUAGUGACUCGACUGAUACUCGCCAUGGCUCGCCCGGCGCGCCUGCUCGAGUGUCUCGAGUUCGAUCCCGAGCGGUUCUACCGACUGCUAGAGGCCGCUGAGGGACAUGCUAAACAUCAACAGGGUAUAACGACGGAUAUCCCGCAGUAUAUAAUUCACAAGCUGGGCCUGUCCCGGGACCCGUUAGCUGAACUCCACGCCCCACCGCCACCCCCACCGCCACAGAAUACUUCGCCUUCCAAAACGCGAGGUCGUCAGUCCCCGCCCAGUGGGCAGGGCUCGAGUAACGCCCCGCCCUCCGAGAACGACUACCACGUCAUCAAACUGAUCUCCAACGGCGCCUACGGAGCCGUCUACCUGGUUAAACAUAAGCAGACUAGGACUAGGUACGCAAUGAAGAAGAUAAGUAAAAAUAAUUUGAUAUUAAGAAAUCAAGUGGAACAAGCGUUUGCUGAGCGAGAUAUCCUCAGUUUUGCUGACAAUCCUUUUGUGGUGACAAUGUACUGCUCGUUCGAGACGAAACGUCACCUGUGCUUCGUGCUAGAGUUCGUGGAGGGUGGGGACUGCGCCACCCUGCUCCGCGCCGGGCCGCUCCCCCCUGACAUGGCUCGCCACUACUUCGCCGAGGCAGUGCUCGCCGUUGAGUACUUACACUCGUACGGCAUCGUGCACCGGGACCUUAAGCCUGAUAAAGGGUACGGGGGUGAUAAGUACGUAUGUCACUGUAACUCUAUAAAAGGGGACGGGACAUCCUCCUCCCCCCUUUCGAGGGGUACGGGGGGUGGGAUGUCGGUGGUGAAGAUAUCUAUUAUACUGGCGACGAAUUUAUACGAAGAGUAUGCGGACAGGGAGGCGAGGCAGUUCUCUGAUAAACAAGUCUGUGGUACUCCCGAGUAUAUCGCACCUGAAGUCAUACUUAGACAGGGUUACGGCAAGCCAGUGGACUGGUGGUCGAUGGGUAUAAUUCUGUACGAGUUCCUGGUCGGAUGCGUGCCCUUCUUCGGAGACACUCCUGAGGAGCUGUUCGCGCAUACUGUCAACGAUGACAUCGAGUGGCCGUCGGAGGAGGACUUCCCCAUCGCGGUGGAGGCGCGCGCCAUCAUCACGGAGCUACUGGCGCGGAACCCGCGGGACAGGCUCGGCACCGGCGGCACGCACCAGGUCAAGGAACACGUCUAUUUCUGUGGCCUGGACUGGAAUAACCUGCUGAGGAGGAAGGCAGAAUUUAUACCGCAACUGGACAACGAUGAGGAUACCAGUUACUUUGACAGAGCGCCGCCCGACGCAGUGGACACAGUACUAGUGCGAGCGGUACAGUGUCGGUGUGUUGCAGCGCGCUGCGAGCGGUACAACCACAGCGAGGUGGACACGGACGAGGCGGCCGAGCCCGCCGACCCCGCCGACGACGCGGGGCUCUUCGCCGCCUUCUCCUCCACCUCGCCGCAGUGGCGCAGGCACUACCACCACUCCUGCGCGGAACACGACUCCAGGGUACGUCCUCUACCAUACAAUCACUGCUCCCGCCCGGGUCAGGCGAGAAGCACGGACAGUUGGCCCGGCACCCCGGACAGUGCGGGUCCGCCAACUACACCCACUGCGCCACUGCAUCACCAUCCGAAAUGUCCGAUGGUGGGAGGUACAUCUACAGCGGAGUCGUCACAGACCGACAGCGACGACGUGUCGCCCGCCGCACGACGCCGCGCCGCGCUGCGACCGCUGCACGCCACGCACGGACACACGCACGGCCCCACACACGGCCCCGCACAUGGCCCGCAACAUGGCCCGCAACACGGCCCGCAACACGGCCCGCAACUCGGCCCGCAACACGGCCCGCACCACUCCCUACACGCGCACCCCCUGGCUCACCCGCACCCCCACCCGCACCCCGUCCCCCAUCCCCACCCCACUCCCGCGUUGUUACCCCAUCCUCACCUAUCUACUACUUCUACGUCAAUGGCGCUUGUGCCUAGACUAUCGGAUAUAUCGAAGAAGGACGAGCCCCACAAGAGCCUUAGCCUGGACAAACCCGACCGAGCCGACCGACCCGACCGCCCGGACCGCCCCGACCGACCUGAAAAGUCGCGUCCGACUGCCAUCGUCCCCAAGUCCAUGCGACGCUCAGCCAGCACUUCUGGACUGUCCCUGGUUAUACAUCCAGCAGACGACAGUACGCUGAGUAUAGGCGCCGGGUCCCCAUGCGCCGGGAACACGUCCUCCACCAACUCCUCACGGGACUCCUCACCCUGUCGGGACCCACCAUCGCCAUUCGCUCUGCCUAGCCACUCGUUGAUCCAGUCGUCGAAGCCCCCGAUAGUGGUGCGCCGCGGGCCGCGAGGUUUCGGGUUCACUAUCCAUACGGUGCGCGUCUACUACGGCGACACAGACUACUAUACAAUGCAUCAUCUUGUCUCGGCGGUGAACGAGCAGGGCGCCGCGUGGGCGGCCGGGCUGCGGGCCGGGGACCUCAUCACGCAACUCAACGGGGAGUCCGUGCAGGGGCUCCUGCACACACAGGUUCUCCGAUUGCUACUGGCCGCUCCCCACGCCACGCUGCGGGCGACACCGCUCGACCAAACCACUAUACAGUGGCCGCCGGUCGAGGCCAGGUGGGUGCGCCUAGUGGCCGCCGGUCGAGGCCAGUGGCCGCCGGUCGAGGCCAGGUGGGUGCGCCUAGUGGCCGCCGGUCGAGGCCAGUGGCCGCCGGUCGAGGCCAGGUGGGUGCGCCUAGUGGCCGCCGGUCGAGGCCAGUGGCCGCCGGUCGAGGCCAGGUGGGUGCGCCUAGUGGCCGCCGGUCGAGGCCAGUGGCCGCCGGUCGAGGCCAGGUGGGUGCGCCUAGUGGCCGCCGGUCGAGGCCAGGUGGGUGCGCCUAGUGGCCGCCGGUGGGUGCGCCUAGUGGCCGCCGGUCGAGGCCAGGUGGGUGCGCCUAGUGGCCGCCGGUCGAGCCGCCUCAUUCCCGCUCAUGGCACGCAGGACGCGCCGCGCUAG